AUGACUGCGAUGAACGCUCGGCUGGAUAGACCGCGUAUUCAACUUUUGGUGGAUGCAUGCAAAAGGAACGACUACUUCUUCCUGGCCCUUCACCAGCUCUACGCCAUCUGGUCGAUCAAUCGUCAGGAUGCCCAUCGUAUCCUUAAGAAGGAUGAUGUGGCCGAUAUAAUCAUGAUAGAUCUUGGGUUUACCACCGUGGCAGAGAUUCUCAAGAGGAACGAUCAACUGACCCCGACAAACCUGAGGUUCUUUGCCUCGUUUCCGGUCUCAGUUGACCAGCUGCGGGAACAUCCAGUUCCUAGGGCGACAAUGAAAUCGUGGGUGGGCAAUUUCCUACGGAGCAUGGUAACUGAACAUGUUUCCCUGACGCAGGAAACCUGCAUGCGCCGGUAUCCGUACGUGCUGGAUGAACUCCAAGGUCGACUGCUGUGCUAUUCUCCCAUCAUGCGAGAAAUCCUAUUCACUGCCAAUCGUCGAAGACUCGGUAUCCCCGAUGGUGUCCACGCCCAGGCUUUGGACAAUGCAUUCAAGGAGGACCAAGAACGUCGAAUGCAUCAGGCUUGUGGCGCAUGCGUGGCCGUUGGGGAUUCUCCUGAGACCAUCAUCAGAAUCAACCAAGCCCUCAUUGCCCGAUACCAGGAGUUGGUCAAGAGGUCCGACGCCGAGAAGCUACGCCUGAAUCAACACCCACCAGUCCGGCUCGGAGUACCAUCACCACCCGUGGUUCCCUCCCAGCAAUUCCCUCCUCCACAGCCUACAUCGUUUCAUAGUCCCGCUCCCUCGCCUGUUAUGCAGUAUUCUGCCUCUCCCCAGUACCAGGCGACACAGCUGCAUCAGGCACAGCUGGCACAGCAGAUGGUAAGCCAAUAUCGACAACAGCAGACGCGGGAACUGCAAGCUGCUCAGUUGCCACAAUCACCAUUGCAACAGAUUCAACACAUCCAACAACAACGCAUGCCGCUGCCGCAGCAGAUUCAAUACCAGCAACAGCAAUUUCAGCAACGGCCACAGAUCCAGCAGCAGCAGAUCCAGCAGCAGUUUCAACAGCAGCUGUUUGAGCAGCAGCAGGUUUUACAACGAGGUAUAGCGCACCAAACCCAGCAACAUCAACAGCUUCACGAACUUCAACCAGAUCAACAACGGCGACACCUCGAAAGGCCCUAUGUUGCACCGAUCAAUACACAAAUUGCGCAAGUCGCCUCGCCCCAAUUGGGGCGAGCAUCAUUGGCGCCUACCACGACACCUACCGGUUUCGGUGUGCCGCGACCCGUGUUGGAUCGACAGCAACCCGCUGCAGCGGCAGUGCAAAUAACAUCGCAGAGCACCCCUCAGCGCGCAGCGUCGACCCCUAGGCAGCCGGAUUUGCUUAUUCCUGCCAAGGACGUGACUAUUCCACGCCCAGAAUGGCCCUAUGAACCCACAGAUAGGAGAUCUCUUGCGGCUUCUUUGCACCAGUCGGGCUGCCGAAGUCCAAAACGUGUCCCCAAGGAUGGAACACCGGAGCGUCUUUUCCAAGCCAUGGACAGGUUUGCAAUACCGCCAAGCCUUGUACGUCCGCAAGGCUCGGUAUACGAGUUUUCAUUUGAUGUGACAGCGGAACAGUUUGACCUCGCGGUUAGAACAGCAAGGCCAACUUCGGCGAUUUUGGUCCCAUUCAGUACGCAUUUUGACGGCGCUCUGCGAUGGAGACUCCGUUGCUGCAAGCUUGGCCCCUCGAGAACAAUACCGGCAGAGCAUGAGUGGGUCACAAAGGAGAUGAGCUGGCCGCGCAACAUUUUUAUGAGGUUUAACGACAAGACUCUUGAAGCUCGCCGGCAACCUCACAACGGCAAAGACUUGGCGACCGAGUUGACUGAUCACGUCGUUUGCGGCUCCAACAAACUGUCGAUUGUGGUUCCUGUCUCCGGAGAAAAAAGUGGCGAGCACAGCUACGUCAUCGCCGUCGAGGUGAUUGAGACGGUUGGCGAAAGGACCGCUGUCCGUCGCGCUUGGGAUAACGGCCUGCUACCAGAGGAAUACACGCUGCAGAUCAUCAAGAAGCGGUUAACCCCAGUCUCCGACGACGAUGGGUUGAUCAUUGAGGCUCCAGAUCUGCCAAUCGACAUGGCUGACCCUUUCACGGCCAAGAUGUUCGCAGUUCCCGCAAGGGGUGCCUCGUGCACGCAUCUGGAGUGUUUUGACUUGCUGACUUGGCUCGAGACUCGCCCUUCUAAGCCGACAACCAAGUGCUUUCACAGCAUUACGCCGGACUGUGGCUGCCCCAGUUCUAUCCAAUCCGAGCCAAGUAACCCUGACAAAUGGCGCUGUCCCAUCUGUCUUCAAGAUGCGAGACCCAACAGCCUACGCAUUGACGGGUUUCUUUGCGGUGUCCGUGAACAGUUGGCUCAGCAGAACAAACUACAGACCAAAUCGAUCCACGUCAAAGCGGAUGGGACGUGGACCGCCGUCGUGGAGAGUGACGACGACGACCUCAGUGAGACGGACACUCCUGCGGCCGUCCCUUCCGGCUCCUCUACCCGCAAGAGAAAAGCAUCAUCUACACCCACAACGGCACGUCGGCCAGAAGUGCGACGCGAAGUGGAAGUGAUCGAGAUUGACUGA